AUGGCCCCCUCAGGGAAGCGCAUCGUCUUCACCGGCGGCUCAGGAAAGGCUGGACGCCAUGUCAUCCCAGAACUCAUCAAGAAGGGCUACUCGGUACUCAAUCUUGACUUGACAGACUUCCCCGACCCGAACGCCGGAGUCUUCACCCUCAAAACCGACCUCACAGACAGCGGCCAGGUCUUCAACGCGCUCACAACCCACUUCAACUUCGCCGGCUAUGAAGGUCCUCACGUACCCGGCCCACCAGACGCGGUCAUCCACUUCGCAGCCUACGCACGAAACAUGCUAGUACCCGACAACGAGUGCUAUGCCGGCAACGUGAGGUCAACAUACAAUGUCAUCGAGGCAGCUUGCAAGCUCGGCGUCAAGAAGAUCAUCAUCGCCAGCAGCGAAACCACCUACGAAGUGUGCUUUGGCCAAGGAGAUCUCGACUACACCGCGUUCCCACUGACUGAAGAUAUGGACGUAAACCCCAUGGACACCUAUGCCAUCUCCAAACUCUGCGGCGAGCGCGUCGCCCGCGGAUUUGCCCGCAGAUUCGACGCAGACAUAUACGCCCUCCGCAUUGGAAACGUUAUCGAGCCCCACGAGUACGAGCGCGACUUCCCAAAGUACAUCAAGUCCCCAGAGUGCCGCAAGAGAAACGCUUGGGCAUACAUUGAUGCGCGUGAUCUUGGCCAGAUUUGCGAUCUAUGCGUACAGAAGGAUGGACUGGGCUUCCAGGUCUUCAACGCAACGAACGAUACCAUCACUGCUACGUUCCCGACGAAGCAGUUCCUUGAGCAGUAUGCACCAAAUACGCCGAUUACGAGGGAGAUGGACGAAUGGGAGGCGCCGCUGAGUAACCGCAAGAUUAGGGAUGUUCUUGGAUUCAAGGAGGAACAUAACUGGCGGAAGUACUACAACCCUGAUCAGUAG